AUGAGUUUGAUUCAGGACUCCAUCGCCACUAUGGGUGAUCCGAACACCCAAACAGUAUCCGGACUGCCCUCUUCCAUCAACUUUUCCCAUUCGUUCAAAGAUUGGUGGAAUUCCUCGUCCAGUCUUCAACGGCCAACAGAAAAGACAGUCGAGCUGGAACAAUUUGUAACUUCCAGGUCCAAAAACGCUGCCAUCGAGUUCCGCUUGUUUCGGGCCAUUUUAUCAUCGCAAGUCUACUUGGUGGAUCCUUUGGAACCGGAGCUAUCCGACAUUUCGGACACUUCGGACCAUAGAAUCGUGGGAAGGUUCUUGGAUACUGAUUUGUCUACCGAGGACCAGAAAAUGUUCAUUCACGAGUUUGAAAUCAGCAACAAAUCAAACCCAGAGCUUCCACAGCGUCACAUUGUGAUUAUCCAUGGCUAUAUGGCGGCAUUGGGCUAUUUUGUCAAAAAUUUCGAGCCUCUAGUCAAGCUGUACGGCAAUUUGGUGGUUCACGCCAUCGACAUGCCCGGAUUUGGCAACUCUGCCCGUCCGCUGUUCCCCAAAGAGCUUAUAAAGUUACCUAAAAACGCCACGUUGCAGGAUGAAAUUAAACAGAUCAUGGGCGUGGAAAAUUGGUUCAUCGAUACCUUUGAACAAUGGAGAAUCAAGAAGGGCAUUGACAAAUUUGUGCUUGUGGCACAUUCCAUGGGAGCAUAUCUUUCAUCUUGCUAUUUGUUGAAGUAUAACAAGCAAAAUGACGGAUCGCAAUUAGUCGAUAAGUUCGUGUUGGUAAGUCCAAUGGGCACAGAAUCUAGUGACGUGAGCUUAAUCAACCAUAAAGAUCUACAAUUCAACCAUCACGAGUCUGGAGGAGAUCCAUUCCAGGAAAUUUUCACCAAUCAGGAUUUCAAGCCUUUUGAAGUUGAGCAUGAAGAUCUUAAUACUCUCUGGGAGAAAUUGGGCAAGCCCAAGUUUCCUAAAAACACCUUACUCAGAAAAUUAUGGGAAUGGAACGUGCUGCCCUUCCAGGUGCUCCAGUACUUGGGACCAAUGUACCUGAAGAUAUUGUCAUUGUGGUCAUUCCAAAGAUUCAAGAACCUCAAGGCCAAUAACUCGGAAGAUGGGCCCCAAUCCAAUACAGAUUUGAUCUUAAAACUUCACGAGUACUCUUUCUCAAUCUUUAACCAGUACCAGGGUUCAGGAGAACUAGCAAUCACUAAACUUAUCAACCACGAGAUUUUGGCUCGGUUACCAUUGUGUGACCGUGGAUUAGAAAAGUUUUUGACAGAAAACAAUAUCAGUACUUUGUGGAUGUAUGGUGACAAGGACUGGAUGAACAUGAAGGGCGGAGAAUAUUGCGUGGAGAAACUAAAACAAUUGGGUGAUAAGAAUUCGAGUUUAGUGAUUGCUAAGGAUGCUGGCCAUCAUAUUUACUUGGAUAACCCAGAUGAGUUCAACAAAAUGUUGAUAGAAUUCAUUGAUUUUCAUUAA